AAAUUACCACUUUCAAUUUCUUCUCUUCUUGCAACCACAACAAAUCAUAAUAACAACACCAUAAUUACUGCUAAUCCUGGCACCACCACUGCAUCAUUACCUACACUGAUCAAGUUUUAUAAAAAUCUAUACGACCCAAUUUACAAUACUCGAUCAGAAUCAUCUGAUUGGCUUAAUGUUUUAUUGGCUCAAAUCAUUUGUCAGUAUAGAGAUGAUGCGAAAACUGAUAAUAGCCUAAUUCGUUAUGUGGAUGGAAUAUUAAAUGGUGGUGAGAAGCCUAGCUUUCUAGGCUCAAUUAAAGUUACAAGACUUGACCUAGGUGAAGAUUUUCCAGUUUUUAGUAAUGCAAGAGUAAAACCAAUUGAUAAUUCUGGAAGAAUGGUAUGA